GUUGAAGUGUUAUAUUUUGCCAAGAGUGCUGAAAUAGCAGGUGUGCGUUCCGAGACCAUUUCUGUGCCGCAAGAAAUACAGGCAUUGCAGCUGUGGCAGGAGAUAGAAACACGGCAUCCUGGAUUGGCUGAUGUGAGACAUCAGGUGAUAUUCGCUGUUCGUCAAGAAUAUGUCGAGCUUGGAGAUCAACUGCUCCACCUUCAGCCGGGAGAUGAAAUUGCCAUCAUCCCCCCCAUUAGUGGAGGGUAGUGCGUUUGAGCCGUGCAGGAAAGAUAUGGAUGAAGUUGAAGAGAAACCUAAAGAUAUAAUAAAAUUUACGACUGAGAAACUCGCGGUGGAGGAGAUCUCACAGCUGGUGAUUUCUCCACCCUGUGGUGCUGUGUCCCUGUUUGUAGGGACUACAAGAAAUAACUUUGAAGGGAGGAAAGUCCUUAGCCUAGAAUACGAAGCUUAUCUGCCAAUGGCAGAAAAUGAGAUCAGGAAGAUCUGUGGUGAUAUCAGGCAGAGGUGGCCAGUCGCACACAUAGCAGUGUUCCAUCGACUCGGCUUGGUUCCGGUGUCAGAAGCCAGCGUCGUCAUUGCUGUGUCCUCGGCCCACAGGGCUGCGUCACUGGAAGCCGUGAGCUUCGCCAUUGACCAAUUAAAAGCCAAGGUGCCCAUAUGGAAGAAGGAAAUAUAUGAAGAGUCGUCAUCAGCUUGGAAGAGAAACAAAGAAUGCUUUUGGGCAAGCAAGGAUUAAUGAGUUAUAUUUUUCGAGCUCUCAAACUUGGUAAAGUUUGACCA